UUUACCGAACACCGCUGUCACCGCAGCCACUUGCAUGCCGGGAAAACAAGAGCUCGGGACUCAACAGCUUGUUGUUCGUGUAUAGCGAGAGGCGAAGAAGAAGAGAAUUGAUCCACAAUCCUCCGAGCUGGACCCCCUCAGAUAAGAAGAUGAAGGCAGCAGACGAGCCCCCCUACCUCACCGUGGGGACGGAUGUCAGCGCCAAAUACAGAGGAGCCUUCUGUGAGGCCAAGAUCAAGACGGUGAAACGCAUGGUGAAGGUCAAGGUGAAUCUGAAAGGUGAGAGUACGUCCCAGGUGGUGCAGGACGACCAGGUCAAAGGAGCGCUGAGGGUGGGCUCCACGGUGGAGGUGAAGACUAACGAGGGUUUGUCCAGCGAGGCCGUCAUCAGUAAGCUGACAGACGCCAGCCUCUACACCGUGGUGUUCGAUGAUGGAGAUGAGAAGACUCUUCGUAGGACGUCUCUGUGUCUGAAGGGAGAGAGACACUUUGCAGAGAGUGAGACCUUGGACCAGCUGCCGCUCACCAACCCAGAACAUUUUGGAACUCCGGUCAUCGGAAAGAAGUCCAACAGAGGAGGACGACGCUCGUCUCAGGCUGUGUGAGUCCUCUGUCCUUAUCAAUUUACCACUCGGUCUACGUUCCUACCCUCACCUAUGGUCACGAACUCUGGGUCGUG